CGUAGGGUAACGUCAGAGAAGAGCGUGCAAAUCACGACAAGUGGAGACGUCCAUCUUUGACAAAGAAUUCGCUCUCCAUUUUGUGACGUUUUUCAUGGUGUUUGUGUCCAAAACCGUUGAAAUCCAGAUUUAAAUGUAUAACAGACAUGGAAACCUUCACUAGAUCCAUCAUUUCCCCUCGAAGGGAAUCAAAGCUAGUACCACUGCCAGAUGCUAAGAUACUAGAUGUGUCUUGUGGGAACUUGAGGGGAAGGCUACACAGAGAAUUGUUCACCUGUCCUGGAAUACACAGAGAAUGCAUCGAGCUAGAAGACCAAAGUUUUGUCACUCCAAAGAAAUUCAUGUACAUGGGUGAAAAGGCGAGGUUAAAGGACUGGAAAAAUGCCGUAAGGAUAAAUGGUGUUCAAGUCAGGAAACACAUAGAUGCAGGACAUUUAACGUUUUGGAAUCAUGAGAAAAUGUGUACAGGGAGGUGCCAGGCCAGAACAGCGAUGCGCCCAGACGCCAUCGUCGUCAACCCUCCCCCCACCAGCUACCAACCCCCAGUCACCCUACUGACCACUACAGCAGAAAACGGAACCAUGAAAAUUCAGAGUGUUUCAGGUGGUGACGGAGUUCCGUGGGAUGAAGACGUCUCAGAGGAGCAGGAGGAUAUUAAGCCAGACUUGGAACAACUCCAAAUCCAAAUGAUCGAGAACAUGAACCAGGCACAGAAAAAUAUCCAGUCUACCCUCAAUAUCAGGUCCCCUGUGGCCUACCCUGACUUUCAGGGGGACACUACGGAUGAGGAAGAUAGAAUGCUUUGGAAGGGGAUUGUGGAAUUGGGAUUGGUGGAUGAGUUUUUCAGAGAAAUCAAGGCAUCACUCGAUGUCCUUAAAAACAGAAUGGUCAGACGAAUGGUUCCUUUUGAAGAUACUCGAGCAAUAUCUGUGAUUGUGAAACAGUUAGGACUUAUGUCUAAAUUAAAAUACAAACUGGAAGCUCAUCAAAUUGAUAUGGAGAGACAAAGACUUCGACUCGACAGAGAAAUGGAAGAUUUGCAGAGGAAAGUAAAAGAAUAUGAACAAAAGAAGGAGGUACUAAAGCGAAAGAGUGAAUGUUUCACUCAGUUAUUGGACAUGGCUAAAAAAGAUUCCAUGCCUGAUGCCAAGAGGAGUAGGUCUGAUGAUAAUGCCUCCCCUGUCCAGAUGAUCUUUGCCAACGCAGCCUCCCUGUCCAACUCUGAUGUAGAGGAGGGUUAUGAGGAGGAGGGGGAGGAUUUGUCAGUAUUAAACAGUGAUAGUGUUACUCGUGUUCGCACCGCAAAAAACGACUCAGACAGUGGAGUGUGCAUUGAGUUUGAAAACGAGAGUCGGGACGUAAACGAACAGGAUAAUUAUUCAGGAGAAAGUGACGGUCACUCACAACCCCAGGCAGCAGCUGAGGAGGAAAAAGCACCGAAAAUUCAACCCAAAGUUACAAAGGUCAGCGAACGAGUCAGAAAAAUGCCCCGCCCAAGACGGAGCACUCAGAGCAAGGAAUUCGUGUCGUCCGAAGACAUUACAGAAUGAGGCCGUGAAAUCCAUUUUGUGUUUUGGGGGGUUAUUCUGUAUAUACAUGAGAUGUUUGAAAUAAGACUUAGGAUGCAGCUUUUGCUAAUUCAAAAUAUGCAAUAUUUAAGAUUUAUAUAUAUCUAUAUAUGUACUGAUGACAUCAUAUCAAGUUUAUUAAACAAUUGCAUUGGGGUCCUCAUAUACAUGUACAGUACUACAAUUAAGAAAAUGCUUUGCCAAAUAUCAUUUAGUAAUCUUUGUUUCAAAUAUAGUAAUCUUCAUAGAAUUCUUUACAUUCCUCCAUGAAUUUUGACUAAAACACUUCAUUUAUUCACUUUACUGUGCAUACAAAAAUAGAUCUCUUAAAAGUUACCAUAUAUAUUUCUCUUUUUAUAUUUUUUAUUUUUUUUCACACUGAUGAUAAAAUGAAGGGGUUUUUUUUCAUAGAAAAAAAAAUAUCAGGAUUGUUUUUUAAGCACAGCACCGUCAUAUUUGCAUUUUACAUGUAUUCAUAAAAUUCUCUACUGACUAAAAUAUAUUUAUUAUGGUUAAAUUAUUGUUUUAUUUUUGUAAAUGAAUUGUUUUUGUGCAUUUCAAACACAUGCACUUUGUAAAUAAUUAAUUUACAAGAGGUUUAUUUUGGGUACUGAUAUGUGGAUAUAUCAAGCAAGAUACUGAAAAGCAAAUGUUUUAUAUGAAAUCAUGUAUCUAUUUUCAUCUUUUUCUCCUUCCAUUGACUUUUAACAAGAUAUAUCUUUGUGGGUAUCUGACUAUUGCAUACUCAUGAAAAUCAGCAAAGUAUUACAGUGUGACAAUUAGUACAUGUACAGUAAAACACGCUUAUAACGAAAUCCCAGGGACAGGGAAUUUAACUUCGUUAUAAGCGUAAUUCGUUAUAUCUGUCAAGUUUACAACACGAAAUAGAGACUUGGGGAAUGAAAUUCACUUCGCUGUAAGCGUCAAUUCAUUAUAAGCGUGUUCGCUAUAACCGUGUUUAACUGUAUAUAAGUCAAAGUUUUGACUUGGCAACUGUAUUAUAGAUCAAAGCUAUUUGGAUGUCAUUGAUACUCUGCAUAUAUGCAGUGCCUUUAAACAAGUUCAUUAUUUUCAAAGGGUUAAAGUAGAUCUAAAGGAUAUGUUAAUAAUUUCAUAGUUGUAGAGCUUUAAUAGAGAAAAAUAUGUAUUUUUUGUGAUAUUAUGAUAUUUAAUCUCUAGUGACAUUUACGUGAAUUUUUCAAAAGAUCUUUAAGAUUUCAAUUUAUGAUUUAAUAUAUGGGAAGGGACAAAUGAUACCAGAUAUGUACAUGACACUUUUUCAUUAAUCAUGUCCAUUUAUUAAUAGUGAUAUGCAAACAAGUUUGUAAACAUAAAUAGUUUCUUAGUUCUAUUCAUCUGAUUGGGAACCAAAUGGUUUGUUUCUCUCUCAUAUACAUACAUUUGGCUGAGGAAGUCGAGUUUAUAUGUUAUUUUUUCUUCAGAAAUCCAAAAUAAAUUUGAUUUUGAAAAGAA